CAUUUUGUUCGUCGUUACUCUACGCGUAAGUUGCUUCUCCGUGGUUUCUCUGAGGAGAAAAGUUGAAAAAGGGUAAAAGUUUUCAGGAAUAUUCGGGCUCUCUGUUGCUAAGCAUAGCGAGUGUCGGUUUUCUGUCUCCAACAGACAUCGCUACUGCGGUUCUGAGGCAGUGGGAAGAGAUGCGGCCCCUGGACAUCGUCGAGCUGGCGGAACCGGAGGAAGUGGAGGUGCUGGAGCCGGAGGAGGAUUUCGAGCAGUUUCUGCUCCCGGUCAUCAACGAGAUGCGCGAGGACAUCGCGUCGCUGACGCGCGAGCACGGGCGGGCGUACCUGCGGAACCGGAGCAAGCUGUGGGAGAUGGACAAUAUGCUCAUCCAGAUCAAAACGCAGGUGGAGGCCUCGGAGGAGAGCGCCCUCAACCACCUCCAGAACCCGGGCGACGCGGCCGAGGGCCGGGCGGCCAAGAGGUGCGAGAAGGCGGAGGAGAAGGCCAAGGAGAUCGCGAAGAUGGCAGAGAUGCUGGUGGAGCUGGUCCGGCGGAUAGAGAAGAGCGAGUCGUCGUGAGCGCGGUCGGCGGUUUACAGCCAAUGGAUUCUGGUCAACUGGUGGAGAUUGGCUGACACCCUGGAGAAACCGAAACCAGAGAGCCUUUUGUUUUCUCUUUUUUCCUCUGUCUAUGCUCUGUCUCACUUAACACUACGUUUUCUGCUAUGGUCUGUGGUUGAUGACCUCAAUAUGAGUUUCGAUUGUUACGUGUUUUUGUUUGGAAAGUAAUUUUGUUUGAGAAUGCUCUCACAUACAGGAAUUAGGGCCUAGAUUGUAAGCUCUUGCAGCAGUCACAUUUGUUCCCGGGCUUUGGUGGUUAUUUCUAAAUUUUUGAGGUGCUUUGCUCUUUCUUGUGUGACCUGAUAGCUCCCUGGAACUUUGGGUCUCUGUGUGACACAUGAGACUCACAGUUGGAGUUCUCCAGCUCUGGAGGUGCUGAAGGAGCUGCAUUAAUUCUGGAAGACGACUCCAUGCAGCAACUACUGAAGAAAGGACCAGACUUCGACGGGGAGUGCGGAUGGGCCGACCUGGCUGGGACUUGUGAAUCUGGAGAAGAGCUGGAGAAUGGAUAGUAUUGUCUGUGUUUGGAGACUUAAUUUCUGUGUGAGACCAAAGGAGGAGAGAUGUUAUUUUGUUCAAAGUUUAAAUUCUAUGUGGUACACUAUCUUAUGUAACCUGUCCGGUGAGUUUGUUUGGACAACCUAACUCAGCUUUACUUGACAUGGAACCUAAAAUAGAAGAUAAGAUCUUGAUAUUCUGUACAAGUUGAUGUAAUACCCUGAUGCGUUUUAGGGGACUUGGCAUAAAAUGAAAGAUUUGCAGAGGCCCUUGAGGGGCUCGGGGAUGAGAGUAUGGAACUGUCUGCAUUGGACCCUAAACUGGACUGGAAGAGGCAUCUUCAAGGUUCAUACGUUGUCCAGCUAUAAGUUCAUUUGAGUAGCAGACCUAACAAAUAUUUGAGGUCAAAACCCUACCGUGUUAAAAACAAACAAAACUUACCAUGUUAAUAAAAGUAUUCAUUUGCUUGAAAAGA